AGCCAGCUGUCAGGAAAAUGUAAUGAAGACCAACGUUGACAUCUUUCGGUCAGCCACAUGUGUUUUUGUGGUUAAGGCAACGUUACAUUUUUUUGGUUAAACUUAAACAGAAAAUGUCAUGUUGCUGUAUCAAAUGGUGUCCUAGAAAAUCCGAUUUGGAUGAAGAUGGAGUUGAGUCGUCUUACAACCUCAGGAUUCAGUCUAGAGAGGAUGGAGCAGAGACUGUGGAGGAUGACUUGGGAGAUCUUGAAAUUAUUAAAUCCCCUAGUGACCCCAAGAAGUACAGGUACAUAGAGCUGAGCAAUGGACUGCGAGCACUUCUCAUAUCAGACCUCAGCAGGGCCGAUGGAGUCUCCUGUGACCCAGGAGACUCCAUCAGCGAGGAGGAAGAUGACGAUGAUGACUCUGGAGGGGGUUCUGAAGAGGGCGCUUACUCUGUGGAUAGCAAUGAGGAACAGAGGUGUGGUGGUGGAAAGAAGAGUGGCAGCUCUGAGAAACAGUCGGCAGCAGCCCUCUGUAUUGCCGUUGGCAGCUUCAGUGACCCAGAUGAUCUGCCUGGUCUUGCACAUUUUCUUGAACACAUGGUCUUUAUGGGCAGUGAGAAGUACCCUGCUGAGAAUGGCUUUGAUGCCUUCCUGAAGAAACACGGAGGGAGUGACAAUGCCUCAACUGACUGUGAGAGAACAAUUUUUCAGUUUGAUGUCCAGAGAAAGUACUUCAGAGAGGCUUUGGACAGGUGGGCACAGUUCUUCAUUUGUCCUCUAAUGAUUGAGGAUGCUGUUGCUAGGGAAGUGGAAGCUGUUGAUAGUGAGUACCAACUAGCUCGGCCAUCAGACAGCCAUAGGAAAGAAAUGUUGUUCGGAAGUCUUGCCAAACCAAAGCAUGUGAUGAGAAAAUUCUGCUGGGGUAAUGCUCAGACACUGAAACAUGAACCCAAGAAGAAUGAUAUUAACACCUAUAAAUGUCUACGGGAAUUCUGGAAGAGAUAUUACUCAGCCCACUAUAUGACUCUGACUGUUCAGUCCAGAGAGAAGCUGGACACACUUGAGGAGUGGGUUAGGGAGAUCUUCAGCGCAAUCCCAAACAAUGGACAACCUCAACCUGACUUCUCUCAUCUUAAAGACCCAUUUGACACACCAGCCUUCAACAAGCUCUAUAGAGUGGUGCCUGUGAGGAAGGUCCACGCUCUCAGCAUUACUUGGUCAUUGCCCCCUCAGGCCAAACACUACAGAGUAAAGCCCCUGCACUAUAUAUCUUGGCUGAUAGGCCAUGAAGGUGCUGGAGGUAUCCUCUCCCAAUUAAGGAAGAGGUGUUGGGCCCUGGCUCUGUUUGGAGGGAACAGUGAAACUGGCUUUGAUCAGAACACCACUUACUCCAUCUUCUCCGUUUCCAUAACCUUGACAGAUGAGGGCUUCCAUAACGUUUACAAGGUGGUUGACUUGGUCUUCCAGUAUCUUAAGAUGCUACAGUCUCUUGGACCACAAGAAAGGAUUUAUUCUGAAAUUCAGAAGGUUGAAGCAAAUGAGUUCCAUUAUCAGGAGCAGUCUGAUCCAAUUGAAUUUGUGGAGAACAUUUCUGAGAACAUGCAUCUCUUUCCAAAAGAGGAUUACCUUACUGGAGAUCAGCUCAUGUUUGAUUAUGACCCAGAGGUCAUCAAUGCUGCUUUGGUUCUCAUGACCCCAGAUAAGGCAAACCUGAUCCUGUUGUCUCCAGAACAUGAGAACCUGUGUGACAUGAAGGAAAAAUGGUUUGGGGCUCAGUACAGUGUAGAAGAUAUACCUCAGGAGUGGAGGGAUCGUUGGGCUAGUGACUUUGAACUCAACCCUGAACUCCAACUGCCAGCUGAAAACAAGUUUAUUGCUACUGAUUUCACCCUGAAAGCAUCAGACUGCCCUGAUACCGAAUUCCCUGUCAAAAUAAUCAACACAAAGGAAGGAUGUCUCUGGUUCAAAAAAGACAACAAGUUCAAAAUUCCUAAAGCCUACGUACGCUUUAAUCUGCUCUCCCCAAUCAUUCAGAAAAACCCAGAAAAUCUGGUGCUUUUUGAUAUUUUUGUGAACAUUCUGGCGCACAACCUUGCUGAACCAGCAUAUGAUGCAGAUGUUGCACAACUGGAAUACAAGCUGGUGGCAGGGGAGCAUGGCUUUGUCAUCCGUGUGAAGGGCUUCAACCACAAAUUGCCUCUGCUGCUCCACCUGAUCGUGGACUACCUGGCUGGCUUCAGUGCAGCUCCAGAUGUGUUUGGCAUGUUUGUGGCACAGCUGAAAAAGACCUACUUCAACAUCCUCAUCAAGCCUGAGAGACUUGGCAAAGAUGUGCGCCUCCUGAUUCUGGAGCACUGUCGCUGGUCUGUGGUCCAGAAGUACCAGGCCAUAAUGAAAGGCUUGAGUGUGGAUGACCUCAUGGACUUUGUCAACAGUUUGAAGUCAGCGCUAUACAUUGAGGGCUUAGUACAGGGUAACUUUACCAGCAUAGAAUCUAAGAAGUUCUUGCGGUAUUUUAUUGACAAACUCAAGUUCCAGCCACUCACAGUAGAGGCUCCGGUUCUAUUUAGGGUGGUAGAACUGCCACAGAAGCACCACCUGUGUAAAGUACGCUCCCUUAACAAGGGAGAUGCCAACUCUGAGGUCACAGUGUACUACCAGUCAGGCAGGAAGAACUUAUGGGAGCACACCCUGAUGGAGUUACUAGUGAUGCACAUGGAGGAACCUUGUUUUGAUUUCUUAAGAACUAAGGAAACACUGGGAUACCAGGUGUACCCUACCUGUCGAAACACCUCAGGUGUUCUUGGAUUCUCUAUUACAGUUGAGACGCAAGCAACAAAGUUUUCAACUGAUUUUGUGGAGUCUAAGGUGGAGGAGUUCCUGGUGAGUUUUGGUGAGAAGCUGAUGAACUUGACAGAUGAGGCAUUUGAGAUGCAGGUCACUGCCCUGAUCAAGCUUAAGGAGUGUGAGGACACACAUCUGGGCGAGGAGGUGGAUAGGAACUGGUUUGAAGUUGUGACUCAGCAAUAUAUUUUUGAUCGACUUACCAAGGAGAUUGAAGCCCUGAAGCGCAUUACCAAAGCAGAUCUCAUCUCCUGGUUCAUGGAACACAGACAUAGUAACAGCAGGAGGCUCAGUGUACACGUUGUUGGUUUUGGAGAGGCAGAGGGAGACUCCCCUGAUGGUGAUGAAUCUAGUUGUAACCACUCAGCACAACUGCUUGGAGAGAAGGCAUCCACGACCUCUGCUUACGGAGAGGUGUCCAGACUGACCUUUGUGCCACCCUCCUCGCUGCUGCCAGAGGCUAUUAUGAUCGAUGAUAUACGUGAAUUCACCACCUCUCUGACCCUCUACCCAUAUCAUAAGAUUCUCAAAUGAGAGACAUCUUUUUUCACCGCUUUCUGGAGGUCGACUGUUACCUACCUGUCUAACUCUGCUAAAGGGAGGAGCCAGCCACUGGAACUACUUUUAUCAUGGGAAGAUAAUAAAAUAUGAAUUGAAGAUGGCAAA